UCUGGCCGAUGAAGUAAUUAAAAAAUUCCGUUAAUUAUGUUUCACCUUGUGUAAAAUAAUUGACGUUAUCGAACCCUGCGAGACGAUUAUCACCGUAUUAUUAGUUAAACUUAUCAAAUAUCGUGUAUAGCUGGUUUUGAUACGUAAGCACAGAUUUGUUAAAAGUGUGACUACAGCAAAAUGGCAGCGAGCGACUCUACCACCGACGACAGCCUCUACCCAAUUGCUGUUUUGAUCGAUGAAUUGAAAAAUGAGGAUGUUCAGCUGCGCUUAAACUCAAUCAAGAAACUCUCGACUAUCGCUCUUGCACUUGGUGUAGAACGUACACGUAGUGAGUUGAUCCCAUUCUUGACAGAAACAAUCUAUGACGAGGAUGAAGUGCUCUUGGCACUUGCUGAACAGCUCGGAACAUUCACUCCUCUUGUGGGAGGCCCAGAGUUUGUACACUGUCUUUUACCACCACUAGAGUCACUAGCAACGGUAGAAGAGACAGUUGUACGUGACAAGGCAGUAGAGUCACUGCGCAACAUUGCAAGCCAACAUACUCCAGCAGAUUUAGAGGCAUACUUUGUACGUUUGGUUCAACGUCUCGCUGCUGGUGACUGGUUCACAUCCCGAACAUCAGCAUGUGGCCUGUUUAGCGUAUGUUACACUCGUGUCAGUCCUGCUAUCAAAGCGGAAUUGAGGAAUCACUUCCGUAAUUUGUGCCAGGAUGACACCCCUAUGGUUCGACGAUCAGCGGCAUCAAAAUUGGGUGAAUUUGCAAAAGUCGUUGAAGUUGAAUACUUGAAAUCAGACCUGAUACCCAUGUUCGUCAUCCUCGCCCAAGAUGAACAGGCAAGUUCGGAUUCUGUACGUUUACUGGCCGUCGAAGCUUGUGUUAGUAUCGCCACUUUGUUACAACAAGAAGACGUAGAACAGCUGGUUAUGCCAACGCUUCGUCGAUGCACAGGCGACACAUCCUGGCGAGUCCGGUACAUGGUUGCCGACAAAUUUACUGACCUUCAAAAAGCAGUCGGUCAAGAGAUCACAAAAACCGAUCUUGUCCCAGCUUUCCAAGCACUACUCAAGGAUACAGAGGCAGAAGUCAGAGCGGCUGCUGCCAAUAAAGUCCGCGAUUUUUGCCAAAAUUUGGACCAAUUAAACCAGGAAUCAAUCAUUAUGACCAACGUCUUACCCUAUGUGAAAGAAUUGGUCGCAGAUCCCAAUCAACAUGUAAAAUCUGCUCUCGCCAGUGUUAUCAUGGGCCUGAGCCCCAUUCUUGGAAAGCACAAUACAAUUGAACAUUUAUUACCAUUAUUCUUAUCACAAUUGAAGGAUGAAUGUCCUGAAGUGCGUCUCAAUAUCAUUAGCAAUUUGGAUUGUGUCAAUGAAGUAAUUGGUAUUCAACAACUUUCACAAUCAUUACUUCCAGCGAUAGUUGAAUUAGCAGAAGACUCGAAAUGGCGAGUACGUCUAGCGAUUAUUGAAUACAUGCCCUUAUUGGCUGGACAACUGGGUGUUGAGUUCUUCGAUGAAAAACUCAACUCGCUAUGUAUGACUUGGUUAGUAGAUCACGUGUAUGCUAUCCGUGAGGCUGCUACUCUUAAUCUCAAAAAACUUGUUGAGAAGUUUGGACCGGAAUGGGCCCAAAAUACCGUCAUCCCCAAAGUCCUCGCCAUGUCGAGAGAUCAGAAUUACCUGCACAGAAUGACUUGUCUAUUCUGUAUUAACGUGUUAGCAGAGGUCUGUGGUCCGGAUAUAACGACCAAAGUAAUGUUACCAACAGUUUUGGCAAUGGCAAAUGAUAAUGUAGCCAAUGUCAGGUUUAACGUUGCAAAAACUCUUCAACGUAUCGGGCCUUAUCUCGAAGCAAGCGCAGUUCAGAGUCAAGUUAAACCUGUCCUCGACAAACUAAAUACAGAUAGUGAUGUAGACGUCAAGUAUUUUGCCUCCGAAGCUAUUGCUGGUAUCGCAGCGUAGGUUGAACCGGAGGAUAGCAUUUACUACUUACUCACAAAUUGAUCGACAAAAACUUCACAAUUUAUACUGAAAUCUACUUGAUAAUGAAUAUUAUGAUUUGAAGAAAAAGUAAGCAACAAGCAUCAACAAAAUUUUAAACUAGCGAUAACCUUGAACAGCAAACAAGUUCCAUUGUAUUUGUAUGUCUAUAGUAUGCUGAUUAUUGAGCAUUCGAUAUAAUUGGAAUCAUGUAACUCCUAUACAUAAGAUAAUGUCUAAACGAAUAAUAAAUAAAGCGAAUGACUCGGAAUCAUUCCUAAACUUAAAAA